AUGUCUAAAAGCAGCAACCAAAAGCGCUUCCAACUGAGAAAACAAUGUCGAGAAGCCUUAGCGGCUCAUAUAUGUAUUAACCAACCCUUCCGCUGGCCACACAAGCUAAUAAGCCUAGAUAACCGACUUCACCUCGUCGUCGCUCCCGAACGAGUCCGUCUUCAACCGCGGCCCGAAGAUGGAUACGCUUGGUCUGUCACGAACACGAAUGCCGCUUUGCUCAAAUCAAACCUAAGUAGUGCCACGAUAAACCUUUACCAGAAAAUAUUGAAGGAGCUCGGUUCCUCACUCGAAGCUGUCAAUCCGCAUUCCAAUACAUGCGGCUUUCCAAAGGAGACCCAGGGUUUCCGUGAAGGAAUAAUGGAUGGUUCUUUCACGGCAGAGAUAUGCGAGCUUAAGGCUGCUAACGGCCGCAUCGAAGUGGAAUUGGAACGCACUCGUUCUCGGCUAGAUGAGUGUCUUCGCGAAAGUAAUACGCUCCGGGCUGAAGCCAACCACCUCCGCCACGAUAGGCAGAUUCUUGAGUCGGAAAACGAGAUGCUGCGUGAUACGCUGGUAGAGACAAGAAGGGGCAUCGCUGGAGCAAUGCAGACACUAAGUUCGCUGCAAUCAGAGGGAACGGACAUCGCACUUGAUGACAACGACAGCCAAUCAUCAGCCUUUGGCAGCCACGCAGCAUCAAGCGAGAUCUAA